CUGACGGACCUCCGCUCGACGUCUCCUUCCUUCCUCUCCAGAUCUCCCUGCCAUCAUGGAUCCCAACACCAUCAAGGAGGAGUUGCGAUUGUUUCAAAGCACUCUACUCCAGGACGGUCUGAAAGAGCUGCUGAACGAGAACAAGUUUGUCGAUUGCACGUUGAAAGUCGGCGAUCGCAGCCUUCCUUGCCAUCGGCUGAUCAUGGCCGCCUGUAGCCCUUAUUUCAGAGAGAUCUUCUUCACGGAAGAUGGGAAGGAGGUGGAGAACACCAAAGAGGUGGUCCUAGAGGAUGUUAAUCCGUCCACCCUGGAGAUGGUCAUUCAGUACCUCUACUCUGCCGAGAUCGACCUCACCGAUGAUAACGUUCAGGAUAUAAUCGCCGUUGCGAACAAAUUCCAGAUCCCGUCAGUUUUCACGGUUUGCGUCAACUACCUGCAGAAGAAGAUCUCGGCAGGGAACUGCAUGGCAAUCUUCAGGAUGGGCCUGGUGCUGAGCUGUCCCCGGCUAGCCAUCGCCGCUCGUAACUUCAUCGCCGACCACUUUGAGACGCUCUACAAAGACGAGGAGUUCCUCAGACUCGCGCCCCACGAACUCUUCGCCAUCAUUGGUGGAGAUUCGCUCAAUGUGGAGAAGGAGGAGCUGGUGUUUGAAUCGGUCAUGGCGUGGGUUCGCCACGAUAAGGAUAAGCGUGUUAAAGUCCUGAAAGACGCUUUCAACUGCGUUCGCUUCCGCCUGCUGCCUGAGAAGUACUUUAAGGAGAAAGUGGAGACUGACGAGAUCAUCAAGGCGGACCCGGAGCUCCAGAAGACAAUUCAGGUUAUAAGAGAUGCCUUCAAGGGGAAACUGCCGGAGAAGCCCGAGAAAAAGGAAGGAAACGAGGAGGAGGAGAGCCCCUUCCCCGGCUUUUUGAACGACAAUCGCCGACAAGGAAUGUUCAUGCGGGACUUCAUCCUCAUGGUGAACGACUCGGCGGCGGUGGCGUACGACGUCAACGAGAACGAGUGCUUCCUGGCGGCUAUGUCAGAGCAGGUGCCACGCAACCACGUCAGCCUAACGUCACAGAAGAACCAGCUCUACAUCAUCGGGGGGCUCUUUGUGGAUGAAGAAAACAAGGACGUGCCUCUACAAUGCUACUUCUAUUUGUUGGAUCCACUUGCUUCCGACUGGGUCGCCCUGCCACCCAUGCCCUCUCCGAGAUGCCUUUUCAGUAUCGGUGAGAGCGAUAACCUGCUAUUUGCCGUGGCUGGAAAAGACCUGCAGACAAAUGAGUCACUGGAUUCCGUCAUGUGCUACGAUAUUGAGAAGAUGAAGUGGAGUGAAACUAAAAAGCUACCUCUUAAGAUCCAUGGACAUGCUGUGAUGUCCCACAAGGGGCUUCUCUACUGCAUUGGCGGGAAGACAGAUGACAACAAAGCUCUCAGCAAGAUGUUUGUGUACAACCAUAAGCAGUCAGAGUGGAGAGAGUUGGCGGGCAUGAAGACACCCAGAGCAAUGUUUGGGUCCGUCAUCCACGAUGGAAAGAUCAUUGUGACCGGUGGAGUGAACGAAGGAGGCCUUACCUCUUCCUGCGAAAGCUACAACUUUGCAACAAACAAGUGGGAGCCCUUCACAGAAUUCCCCCAGGAGAGGAGUUCCGUCAAUUUAGUGAGUACUGGUGGCGCCCUGUACGCUGUGGGCGGCUUCGCUAUGAUCGAGAUGGAGAACAAAGAGGUGGCGCCUACUGAGGUCACCGACGUUUGGCAGUACGAGAACGACAAGAAGCAGUGGAGCGGCAUGCUGAGGGAGAUGCGUUACGCCGCCGGUGCUUCCUGCGUUUCCAUGCGACUCAAUGCAGCCAGGAUGCCCAAACUGUAG